AUGAAGGUCCAAAACAAUCGGACGGUCCAAGAGAUCCUCUCCGAGACGUCCAUUAUCCGCGACAGCAUCACGGCAAACAACAUGGAGCUAACCGACUUCAAGCGUCAUUCGAGUAGCAUUUCUCAGCAGAUGCAGUCUCAGCUGACAGACCUGCGAGAAAAGCUUACAAGUGCCUUUGGGGAGAUCACGGCGUUAGUGAAGCAAAAAACACAGUCCGACUCAGAGAUGAUGCAGGACGUCAAUACCCUGCAGCAGAACCUCUCGCAGAAGACCUACGAGCUUGAAGCCCUCAAAAAGUCAUAUUCACAGGCGCACCAGCAUUUGCAGAGCUCCCUCAUCCAGAUGCAGAACCACUUGCAGGUCACGCAGAACGAGGUGAGCACGGCCAAGUCUUCUUGUGAGCGUGUGCAGCGGGAAAGUACGCAGCGCUUCUCGCAGCUGGAGUCCAACCUGAAGUCAAUGACGGAGGAGUACAGCCGCGGGACCGGGGAGGUUCGAAACCAGAUGCGGCAGCUGAAGGAUGAGAUCGCAAGGAUCCAGCAGUCCUUGACGUCAGUAACUUCAGAGUUCGAGGAUCACAAGCGUGUGUCCACGUCCACGCACAACAAACUUCAGGCUCAGGUAUGGUCAGUUGAGGAAGCUCGCAAGGCUCAGGAGGCGGCGUCGCCUUCUCACCAUUCACAGAAAUCGUACCAGCCAAUGGUAGCCAUGACGGCUUCACAGGGAUCGCUCUACCCGGGAACGGGGUCCGUGAAUGUUCCCCAGCCAGUGAGCAUGAUCCACGCAUCAUCUCCCAGAAGGUCGCCGUCCUUGCCUCAACCCGUUUCGCCCCACUCUCUGUCGGGGUCCAUUGUCCCGAACAUGUCAGGACUGCACCAUGUGUUCUUGAGGGGCUUUUGUUUGAAAUGCUUUCGUUCUGUUCGGGGCUGA